UGCAGUUAUAUCCCCUUACAAUUUAAUGACCAACACCUUUCAUCAAGCCAAUCCAUUCCCUAUAUAAGCAAAUCUCAAGUCCCCACGAAUCACAUAAAAAAAAGAGAGAGUUUGGUGUUUGAGAAUUGACUCGAUAUCCUGCUCCUCCUCCGCUCAUGGUGUCCUUGCAAGCAGCCCUUCCUAUUGAGAAGAAGAAAAGGUCGUGCCCCAAAGUUGAGAAUUUUUUAUCCAAAAAGAGGAAGAAGAGGAAUGAUGAAGAAGAGGAUGGAGAAUUGCCCGCGAAGGAUAUAAAAGUGAACAAAAAGGAAGAGAAGAAAGACGAGAUCGAUCUUAAUCUCGACGCUCCGUUGCCGAUGGAUUGGCAACGGUGUCUCGAUAUCGAGUCCGGCCAAAUCCACUUCUACAACACGAAGACUCGCCGGAGGACGUCGACGGACCCCCGGCUGAGCUUAGACCCACCGCCAGGCUCGCCUUUGAGUCUCGACCUCGAGCUCAACCUCGCCAGCCCCGAGCCGCCGCCGAUUAGAGCAUCGACGCGGCAACAGGAGAAGCCCAAGACGGACUUCAGAGGCGGUCCCUUGUCGCGGGUCUCACCUUUCCCCGACGCCGAGGAGAUGGUGGCGGCGGUCUGCGCUCGCUGUCACAUGCUGGUGAUGAUGAGCAAGGCGGCCUUGUCUUGCCCUAAUUGCAAGUUCGUGAACCGGCCUGAGCGCGUCUUUUCAACGGAGAUCAAGCCAGCGGUAAAAAUUUUGCGCUGCAAGGAUCAGGAUACAAGGACAAAUCAUUGGAAUACAACAAAUAAGGAACCAAUUAUGAUGGGGAAUACUUAGCGAGACUCACAAUCUUAAGUCUUCUAAAUUGCACUUACUUCAUGAGAGAUGAAACCGCUUCUACAACGGCCGUAACUGUAUAGUUGUACUCCUUCCAUUCCUAGUUAUUUGACAGUCAGUUAUAAAUUGAUCUUAUGAUUCAUUUUUUUUACAUAAUCUGAGGACGAACUGUGAAAGACGUUUGAGACGAGUGUAAUUAUUUUUUGCUACAAAAAUAAGUGUAUGGUUGUAGUCACGAG